AUGCUGAUCAGUUCCAGAGCAACUUUUCGCUGCAACCUCGCCUGCGGCAGAAGAGGGACCAAGGACCUCUGGCAGAUCCGCAAACUAAAUCUCAUCUACCAUGACCUUGCUACCAAGACCAACGGUAACAUUGGCAGCUUCAGCCUCAAGACAAAGUCUACGGCAGGAGAGGGAUAUCAACCUAUGGCCUCUCUUCUGCAGCAAGCACCUGGCUGCCAGCAAAGCCAGCAAUACGAGUUCUACUUCUGUGAAACUACUGGUCCUGCCAUCGAGGCUCGGAUCGUCACGGAUCGCUCCACCAGCAGCCCAAACGGUGCCGGCUAUCUUGACUCAAUGACUUGGUUUUCCGGCGCGGGAUCAGGUUUGCCGAUAGCUGUAACUCACGAUAUUAUCACAUGGACUUUUGCACCUCUUCUUCCACCACCUGCGCCCCUCCCUCCUUCGUAUCAUGAUCAACCGUGA